AGUUGCUCCUACAUUUUGACAGUCGCUGUCAAACUUACCAACUGUCAACGACGUCCAACGUGAACACAUUUUAAUAUUUCAUCAGUCUUUUAUUCUAUUAAUAAUAAAGACUUGUUAAAAGAAACAACUCAAGAUGCCGUUGUCGUGUCGGUUUUAUCAGGAGAAAUAUCCUGAGGUUGAAGAUGUGGUUAUGGUAACUGUAAGGUCUAUAGCGGAGAUGGGCGCGUACGUCCAUUUGCUCGAAUACAACAAUAUUGAGGGCAUGAUUCUGUUGUCUGAAUUAUCGAGAAGACGUAUUCGGUCCAUCAACAAACUCAUUAGGGUCGGAAAGACUGAACCAGUUGUAGUUAUUAGAGUAGAUAAAGAAAAAGGUUAUAUAGAUUUGUCAAAACGUCGUGUUUCUGCAGAAGAUAUAGAGAAGUGUACAGAGAGAUUUGCCAAGGCAAAAGCAGUCAACUCAAUACUCCGGCAUGUUGCGGAACUCUUGCACUAUGAAAGCUCAGAUCAGUUGGAGGAGUUGUAUCAAAGAACUGCUUGGCAUUUUGAAGAAAAGUAUAAGAAAAAGGCGUCAGCUUUUGAUUUCUUCAAACAGGCCGCUGUAGAUCCAUCAGUGCUCAAUGAAUGUGGACUUGAUGAGAAUACAAAACAAGUAUUAUUGGAGAACAUCAAACGUAAACUUACAUCACAAGCAGUGAAGAUCCGCGCAGAUAUUGAAUGUGCUUGCUACGGCUAUGAAGGCAUUGAUGCAGUGAAGGCAGCACUUAAAGCAGGCCUCUCACUCUCCACACAGGAAAUGCCCAUCAAGAUCAAUUUGAUUGCACCUCCUUUAUAUGUGAUGACGACAUCAACACCGGAAAAGACGGACGGCCUUAAAGCGCUGCAGGAUGCGAUAGACAAGAUCAAGGAAACUAUCACACAGUCUGGUGGAGUUUUCAACAUUCAGAUGGCGCCUAAAGUGGUGACGGCGACGGACGAAGCGGAGUUGGCGCGGCAGAUGGAGCGCGCGGAGGCUGAGAACGCAGAAGUCGCUGGAGAUUCCGCAGACGAGGAUGAGGACCAAGGUAUGGGAGAUGCCGGGGAUGAGGAGCCUCAGCAGAAUGGUGCUUCCGAUGAGGAAGAGGAGAACUGACCAUAGAUAUACAGAUUAUAUCAGUGUACAUCCGCUAUACAUAUUGUAUCGCCAUCAAACAACUAAAUAAAAUAUA